AUGUUAAAAAAAAAGACCAGCCAAACGGAAAAAUAUAAGGUUAUCCUUUCUAAAAAUGCUAUUGGAGAGGGGAAAAAGGAAUUAACUUACUUUGCCAAGGAUAAUUUUUGGACUAAAAGUUUUCCGACUACUGCCUCCUCAAAAUUUUUGGAUAAUUUUUGCCCUAGCCAGAAUGCUUUUGUAGUUGGGAGGUUGGAGAAAAAAAAAAUAUUAUUAGGAAAAACGGUGCUGGAUGAGUUUGCGUGCGGUGGCACGGGACUUCACGCCGCCACUGGACCAAUUUUUAAUCCUUAUAAUUCUGCUUGUAUCGUGGGUGGUUCUUCCUCGGUAGGUUUUAAGCCUUCUUAUGGUCUACUCUCCCGUUCUGGGGUUAUUCCCAUGGCUUCCUCACUGGAUACAGUUGGAAUUCUGGCUCAAAAAAUAUCGGAGGUUAAAUCGGUAUUUGCGAUUAUUUCCCACAAGGAUCCCCAUGACCUUUUAACCGAAGCAAACCGAAAUAAAAAAAUAUCUCGACGAAAAAACAAAAUAGCAGUGGUGGCGGGAAUAGAAAAAUAUUUGCCAACUGACCUAA